UCAAAAUACAUGGCCAAACAAGAUUUGAAUUUACUUGUAAAUUUCUCCAAACGCACCCAAACUAUGGGUUCACUUGCUGUUAUUGAUGAUGAACCACUGCAGUAUCCGGUUGCUCGUAGAGACGACUCCGUUGUCGAUGAUUAUCAUGGAAUGCAGAUUGCUGAUCCUUAUCGAUGGCUUGAAGAUCCUGAUGCUGAGGAAGUAAAAGUCUUUGUACAGAAUCAGAUGAAAUUGACAGAAUCGGUGCUUGAGAAAUGUGAAGUGAGGGAAAAGUUACGUGAGAAGACGACCGAGUUGCUUGAUCACCCUCGCUUCAACGCACCGUUUAAGCGAGGGAACAAGUAUUUUUAUAUGCACAACAGUGGACUUCAAGCACAGAAUGUUCUUUAUGUUCAAGAUGGUUUAGAUGGAGAAGCAGAGGUUUUACUUGAUCCAAACAGGCUCAGCAAGGAUGGAACAAUUUCGUUGUCCGCUUUUUCAGUUAGUGAGGAUGCUAAGUACUUAUCAUAUGCGCUUAGCUCCAGUGGAAGCGAUUGGCAGAGUAUUCGAGUAAUGCGAAUCGAGGAUAAAAAUGACGAGUCUGAUACUUUAUCUUGGGUUAAGUUUUCGUGUAUUAGUUGGACUCAUGAUAACAAAGGAUUUUUCUACAGCCGUUUCCCAGCUCCCAAAGAGGGAGCAGGCAUGGAUGCUGGGACUGAGACUGAUUCUAAUUUAUAUCAUGAGCUUUACUAUCAUUUCUUGGGUACUGAUCAAUCAGAAGAUAUUUUAUGCUGGCGAGAUCCUGAAAACCCCAAGUACAGGUUUUAUGGCCAUGUAACAGAAGAUGGGAAGUAUGUUCUCCUUCACAUAGAUGAGACUUGUGACCCAGUGAACAAACUAUACUACUGUGACAUGUCUGCUUUGCCGGAAGGCCUUGAUGUUUAUAGGAAAAGAACUGGCCUACUGCCAUUCGUUAAGCUUAUUGAUGGAUUUGAUGCGGAGUAUAGAGUGAUUGCUAAUGAUGAAACUGUGUUUACUUUUCUCACUAAUAAGGAUGCCCCAAAAUAUAAGUUAGUCCGUGUAGAUCUCAAGGAGCCAAGCAUUUGGUCUGAUGUUGUGGCAGAGGCCGAGAAAGAUGUGCUUACAUGGGCACGUGCUGCUAAUGGAAGUCAAAUGAUUGUGAGUUACUUGAGUGAUGUGAAGUAUAUACUGCAGAUAAGAGACUUGAAUACUGGUUCUCUGCAACAUCAAUUACCAAUAGAUAUUGGCACAAUCUUAGGAAUAUCUGCACGUCGUAAUGAUAGUAUUGUUUUUAUUCAUUUUAGUGGUUUCCUUACACCAGGUAUCAUUUAUCAAUGCAACUUAGAAGCAGAGGUUCCAAAUAUGAAGAUAUUUCGUGAAAUUAGUGUACCUGGAUUUGAUCGCUCAGACUUCGAUGUUGAUCAGGUUUUUUAUCCAAGUAAGGAUGGUACCAAGAUACCAAUGUUCAUUGUAACCAGAAAAAAUAUUACUUUAGAUGGAUCACACCCAUGUUUGUUAUAUGGAUAUGGUGGAUUUAAUAUUAGUAUCACACCAUCGUUUAGUGCCAGUCGUACCGUGCUCACAAGGCAUCUUGGUGUUGUAUUCUGCCUUGCCAAUGUUCGUGGUGGUGGAGAAUAUGGGGAAGAAUGGCACAAAGCUGCCCAGCUAGCAAAAAAACAGAAUUGCUUUGAUGACUUCGUUUCUGCUGCUGAGUACCUCAUAUCUGCUGGUUACACACAGCCCAAAAAGUUGUGUAUCGAAGGGGGAAGCAAUGGCGGGCUUCUUAUUGGAGCUUGCAUAAACCAGAGACCUGAUCUUUUUGGAUGUGCUCUGGCCCUGGUUGGUGUGAUGGACAUGCUGCGGUUCCACAAGUUCACCAUUGGCCAUGCAUGGACUUCUGAAUUUGGUUGUUCUGAGAACAAGGAAGACUUCCAUUGGCUAAUAAAGUACUCACCAUUACAUAACGUUAGAAGGCCAUGGGAACUACGGCCUGAAUCUGAUCAAUCUUGCCAAUGCCAGUACCCACCUACCAUGCUUUUAACUGCGGAUCACGAUGAUCGAGUAGUACCUUUGCACACUUUAAAGUUAUUAGCGACAAUGCAAUACGUACUGUGCACAAGCGUGAAAAAUAGCCCUCAGACCAACCCAAUUAUUGGUCGCAUUGAGUGUAAGGCUGGACAUGGGGCAGGACGUCCUACGCAGAAAAUUAUCGAUGAAGCAGCUGAUCGUUAUAGCUUCAUGGCAAAGAUGUUAGGUGCUUCUUGGAUCGAGUAGCUGAGAUCGUUGCCUCGCCAGAAAUUGGGACUUCUCCUAUCAUUAAUAAAACCUGUAGUGCCCAAUCUUCGCGAAUCAGUAUUUUUGUUUCUGUUUUUUAUUCCUUCUGAUUAAUCACAGGUAGUAUGCAAAUAGACUAGUUACCACUUAGCGCAUGUCCACGAUUUUAGCUCACCUUUCUAAAAUAUAGCACUAGAAUAUGGUUUGUAUUGAGACUUGAACACUAGAGAAUGUUUUAGUAUCCAAAGUAAGCAUUGAUCUGAUUACAGAUAGACUCAAAUCAAACUUAUUUGAACUCAA